AAUUGUAUGUUUAUUUUUGGUACUCAUAAAGAAUUAUUAAUAUGUGUGUGGGCGACAGUUGGAGGAGCGUCAGGGCGUGGUGGCGGGCGCGGCAGAGGCGGAGGCGGCGGCGGUGGCGGCGCGGCGGGAGGCGGAGGCGGCCGCGGCCACCGCGCACACGCUCGCUGAACGACUCGCGCACGCGCAGCGGCAGCUCGACCGCGCGCGGAAGAUGCACGACGACGCACUGGUAUCACGAAACAAUGCCAAAUCGACAAUAUCCGAACUGGAGUUUCAGCUGGAACAGCUCCGGCAAGAGAAAUCUGCGCUUCAGGGCGAGCUAAAAUCGCUGCAAGACACAGUAUCGGAACUGCAAAUACAAGUACAAGUAACGUCAGACGAAAAGUUGUCGUUGAUGUCACGCGCAGGCGAAGCACUAGCGCGGGCGGCGGACGCCGAGAGACAAUUACAAGAAGCGCGAACGAAGAAUGCACAACUAACACGAGACCGAGAGAGAGAUGAAGCGGAAUGGAAGCAGUUUCAAAGCGAUCUCCUGAUGACUGUGCGCGUCGCUAACGACUUCAAGACUGAAGCUCAGCGUGAACUAGAACGGCUCGUUUCCGAGAACAAGAUCGCCAGAGACCGGAUCCGCCUACUAGAGGACCAAAUCCACUCGCUCAAAGGUGUUAACAAGUCUGAAUCUGUGGAUAGCGUUACCAACUUUUCUGAUGAUGACAAAAGGCUGUCAAAGGAAUCGCUGCAAUCGGACUCACAAAGCGAUAGUUCAUCUAUUGAAGUUUUUAAAAACAUAAGAACUAGGUACAUGUCCCGAGUUCACAGCGUAUCUGAUCCUCCAAGAAAAGACACGAGUAUUAUUGAUCAAGCAUUCUAUAGGCUUAGUUUACCGGAAAUAAAAAACGACCUAAACGACAUCUUACCGGAAGAUUUCAAAUUUGAAAUUGAAAAUGUAACGACAGAUGAAACGAACGACGACGAUUGCCAGAAAGAUGCAUCGUCUCGCAAACGAAUGGAGCCAAAUAAUAAAAUAUUGGCUGAAGCUUGUCUACCUCCCUUCGAAGUCAAAGGAUUGCAGAGGCAAGAAGCUCUGGAUAUUUUUGAAGGAAGAGUUGCUAGACAAGACGCCUUGGAAGAAACGGAUCACUCCGCAGUAAUAAACGAUGACACCAAUAUUUUUGACCUGAAUAAUAUCAGUAGCAAUCUAAUAGCAGGGUCCAAACUUAGUGAUGUGACUCAAUUUAAAGAUAAUAAAAAGAUGUUCAGUAGAAAUUUAUCUAACACAUUGAAUGGCAAACCUAAAUCGUUGAGUAUGGAAAAUUUAAAUACCAAUUCUGACUUUCGGGAUGCUUUACAAGAGGCUACAAGUCUAGAAUUCUUAGGAACAAACAUUAACAACAGUAAUAUUUCUUUAGACACUGAAACUUCUGAUAACAUUAUAUCUACUGAUCCCUAUAAACCGAAUGAAACUAUUUCUAAAGAUUUACCUUUAAGUAAUGAAAUUAAUAGUUGCAAGUCCCAAUCUGUUAAUGAUUUAAUUCCAAAUAACAAACCUAUACCAAUCGUAAAAGCAGAAUCUAUUUUACCUUAUCCUUACCCAGAUGAUAUAAAACCUCCUCUUAAAGAUUUUGUAAAUACAAAUGACAUAAAAUCAGCGCCAAUAAUGCCGCUCGAUUCAAAUAUAGAAAACGAUAUAAAAAAGGUAAACGAAGAAUUGAAAACAAGUUUUAGGGAAGCUAUACAGAGAAUAUCUGUUAGCAACAGGAGCAGUGAUUACCAAUUAAUGUCUAAUAAUUCAAUGAAUGUAAUAACUGAAAAUCAUGAAAAAGCGAUUGGUAAUAAAAUUGAAGAAGUCUUAGUUUCCAGUUCACAACUGCCUGUUUUAAAAAUUAAAACAGAUGAUUUUGAAAGUGAACUCAUAGAGAAAAAUAAAGAUAAUAGUCCUAUCGAAAGUAAUACAAAUGAAGCUAAUAAUCCAAAUCUCUUUAUUCAAGUCGACGAGGAGACAGUAGUUAAACCAAAAAUAAGAGCAGUUAUCCCGAAAAUUAAAAUUAGUGAAAAUUUAGGUUCAGAAGAUGAAGAGAUAGCACGAAAAAUCAGCAAUAAAACUUCCUUUGAAAAUUUCGAACAAAAAGAUAAAGACCCGGAAAUAAUUGACGAUAUUAGUUACCAUUUAAAAAUAAAUUCUCUAAAUGAUGUAACUUCUGAUUUUCCUCAAGUUGAAGUGAUACCACAAAAUGUAGCGAAAAACGAAGAUAACAGACUUAAAAAUCGCUUAAAAACUAUUUUAACUCCUAUUAAUAUUGUCAAUGGAGCUAUCGAUCGUACUUCACCUAUAAUAAUUAGUCCAGUUCUAAUACAGCCCAUCUUUUUCAAACCACAACAACCAACAAAACCAAAACUUGAAAUUAACGAAAUAAAAGAUGCUAAAAAGGGUACAGUUUAUUACGACGACAUUGAUAAAGUAAUAAUAGAAGAUAAUAAACAAUCUGAAAGUGGAUUAUCGAUACCAACUGACUUUCCAAAAGUAGAAGAACAUAAGACAGCAGUGUUUGAAAGAAAAGGCAUUUAUCAAAAAAAUAUUAAAGCAAAACAACUGCCAUUCUUGACUUGGAAAACAUUUGCUGCCGAUAACAAUACCGUAGAAUCGAAAUCACCCUCUCCUAUUAAAUUGGGACUAAAACUGUCGGAAGUAUCCAAACCGGGCGUAAUUAAAUUGACGAAAACUCCCGAGUGGUUAGUAGAUAAUCAAUACUAUCAACCGAUGGAUAAUGUUCCAUUUUUUAUUAACACAACGCAAACUUUUCCAAAGGCUAGGGUACCAACUGAACAUAAAAUCGAAGAAGAUCCCCCUAAAGUGAAUACUAAUCCUUUUCUACCAUUGAUCACUACAAAUAGAAGAGAUUCGGAACAAGAACAUUAUUAUGAAGAGAUAGGGCAACCAUUCUUUCCUUUGUCUCCAGUAGAUAAUAACAUAGCUGAUGAUGAGAAAAUUUCUAAAAGUACUGCUGAUGAAUUCGCAUCGGUUCCGCGUGAAGAAAUACUCAAAGUGCCUAGGCGGCCGAAAAGACCUAGAAGGGAAUCCAGGUACCAGAUCGAUAAUUUUAAUAAUAAUGAUAAAAAUGAAAGUAUUGCUGUCAAAAAAGAAAUAUCUAGUAUUACUAAAUCGGUUAUAUCUCUAUCGCGUACGCCUAGCGCCAAACAGUUUGACAACAAGCCUAGUGGAUCUAUCGGGGAAAUAGUGCAGCAUCUAGAAAAGAAACCACCCAAUCCAGAUACUAGAAGAACCCCUGAUACGCCAUCUCGAAAAUAUUCAUUACAAAAUCACAAUGCUCCCAAUAUUGAAACUAACACUGGUUCCUGGCCUCGGGGGCCAAAGCCUUACUGGAAGACGUUGGAGCACAAAAGGCUGUCGCAUCCGAUCAGGUCAUUAAACGAUCCACUGCCACCGAGACCUCUACCUAUGCCCCCGCGCAGCGAGGAGACUCCGACGCCCCCGCCUCUCCUCACCAGCGCUUCCCUGCAGGAUAUAAUGGCGUCUGCUGCAUCACAUCGGCGUAACAAAGGUGUUAGCCGUCAGGACUCGCGACUGUCAGUGAAGUCUCUAAUAGAAAGCAUAGAGAAUGCAGCCAAGGCAGCCAAGCAGUCCCCUGCCACAACGCCAGUAGGAGAAUGGCCGCAGCAAACAACAGUCGCAGUGACUACUGCUAACAACUUAAAGAAUGGUCUCUCGGAGAGUCAGCCAGCUUCAAACGGUCUGGGGGCGACGAACUAUGCAGCCAAACCGCCCACCUCACGAUCCGCUAGGGCGUCGCCUUGCAACAACGAGGCGGUGUCGCCACCAGCGCCCGGGGCCAAUAUACCUGAUGAACAACGAGCGCUGGCAACACUACAGCAGAAGGCGAUCGAGUCGUUCGUGCGACGAAACAGCUACGGCGACAUAUGUGAAAGGAAGGAUCCCCUGAAUGCGUUGCAAGUGAAGAACGGUGGAUCGAAACGUAACGCUCUGCUCAAAUGGUGUCAACAGAAGACCCUCGGAUAUAAUAAUAUAGAUAUCACCAACUUCAGUUCAUCGUGGAACGAUGGCAUGGCGUUAUGUGCGCUCCUACACUCUUACUUGGGCGACGCUCGGGUUCCGUACGCAACGCUUACUCCACACGACAAACGGACCAAUUUCUCCGUGGCCUUCGCCGCCGCAGAGUCUAUUGGCAUCCCCACAACAUUGAAUAUACAAGACAUGAUCCAACAGGAACGUCCGGAUUGGCAGCAAGUGAUGGCUUACGUCACCAGCAUUUAUAAACACUUUGAAACGUGAACUCAUCUCAGAAAACCUUUUGAAACAACUCCGAAGUGAGGAUUAUAUUCAUACCAAUCUAUUAAAUAUAAUCAUCGGAAAGUUUAAGAUCUUAUUACGUUAUAGAUAUACGUAAGAAAUGUUUUCAUAAAUACGUAGGAAAUUUAUAUUUUUCGUGAAUAUUUAUCGCUUGGUUGCUUCGCCAGCCUUAAUGCAUUUAUACUUAAAAUCGAUAAAAUGUCGGAAAUGGGUGAGAAUUUAUUAGGAAUAGAAUGUAGAAGGAUAAUAAUAUAAACACUAGCGUGCAUUCAAAGAUUUCGAUAUUGAAUCUAUAAAACAGUUAUUUCAAAGUAAGCCCUUGGUGUUGACUUUGGCUUACUUUUGUUUUAU